AUGGCUCCAUUACGGACCUGGCUCCCGGCGCUCGGGCUAUGGCUGUUACAGGCGGGGCAUGCUCAUGCGCGAGCUCAAGGCUAUACCGGCGCCGACCACCCAUACAAGAAAGAACCUGAAUGGGACCCAUUUUUCACAUUCGGCCAUCACCACCCAAUCUCUCACGACGGCCAGACGAUCGAUCAUUUCGAAGUCAUUGGACAUCCUGAAAUUCUUUCGGAUCGAGUAAUUCUCACACCGCCACACCCUGGUAAUCAGCGUGCGGCUAUUUGGUCCGAUCAUUCGAAUCAUAACGAACAGUGGGAGUUCCACGUACCAUUCCGUGCCAGCGGUCCCGAAAGAGCUGGAGGUAGUUUACAGAUCUGGUAUACAUAUCGAGGAUCUAGCGUGACUGGUACAAGCUCAAUCUAUACUGCAAAGCCAUUCGACGGCCUUGCAAUUGUAAUUGAUAGCCAAGCUGGUCGUGGUCAAAUCCGAGGUUAUCUCAACGACGGAACAACAGAUUUUUCUAUUCACCACCAUCCUCAGUCUCUCGCAUUUGGCCAGUGUGACGCUGCAUACCGAAAUCUUGGUCGUCCAUCCGAUCUAAAAAUCAGCUAUACUCACGACCACGGUCUCAGAGUUGAAUUAGACGACCACAUCUGCUUCGAAAGCAACAAGAUUAAACUUCCUAAUAAUUACCGCUGGGGUGUUUCCGCUGCCAGCGCUGAGAAUCCGGAUUCAUUCGAGCUCUUCGGCCUAAAACUCGCCCUUCACAAGGAAUGGGAGGACCACCACACUGAUCAACACUCUGACGACCACCACGAGAUUCACGAGGACUUCCACGCCGAAAAGGAAGCUAAGAGUAAAAACAGGGAAAAGAAAGGGGAGAAACCAAGAGAAGAAGAUAUCCAAAAACGUCACAAGGAAGCCGCUGAGCACCACGCAAGAAUGGCCGAUAGCAAAUACAGAGAUUUCAAGUCUCAGUACGAGCUCAAGGAUGAAGAUGCUACUCGCUUCAAGGAUCAUGAUUCGCAAUUCACCGAUUUGCAUUUAAGAAUGCAGGCUUUGACCCAUCAACUUGCUGAAGUCCAAAGAGUUACCGGAGAAAUUUCGUACAACGUCGGUAACAUGCUUGACACAAUGAAUGAGUUCUUUGGCCACCGAGACGGCAGCGACGGCGGUCAAUUCGAACACACCUUGAAAGAUAUUGACAGAAGAAUGCACCAUGUGGACGAGACCGUUCAGAAUCUCGAAAGAUCUCUUCGUCACGAGGGUGACAAGAUUAAUCGUUUGAAUGAACACCACGACAACCUACAUCAUAAGGUCAAAGAUGCCGUCAUCGCUCACGGUCCAAACAUGGGAUUCUCAGUUUCCCUCCUGGUAGUAUUCCAGGUUAUGCUUGUUAUCGCAUAUAUUGUCUACAAACGAAGAAGAUCUAUAUCCCCCAAGAAAUACUUGUAA